AUGUCAACGAAAGUGAGUGUUGGUAUAGCGACGUUGCUUUCAUCAAGUGUUAUUUUGAUAUGUACUAUUGCGAUUACAGUACUUAUACAGGACAUAAACUCUUUGUAUGAUGACGUUAUGAAUGAUAUGCGAGAAAUUAAGUCGAUUAACGAAGAUGCGUGGGAUGGAAUGAUGCAACUUCAGUCGAGGCGAGUUAGCAGAAACGGCAAAAUUGAUACGAUUCGUCAUGUAUUUUCAAUUAGGAGGCGUCGACAAGCUGGUUAUGGCGUCACAAAAUGCCAUUGUAAAUCUAGAGCCCACAAGUGCCCACGCGGACCACCCGGACCACCAGGUGAUCGCGGUGAACCAGGAGAGCCUGGUGAACCCGGUAUACCUGGUUUGGCAGGAGUUGCCGGUGUUGUUUCAAUAUUGAAUCUCCCAGAACCUGGUUGCAUCAAGUGUCCAGCUGGACCGCCUGGCCCCCGAGGCCCGAGCGGUCCACCUGGAGAAGAGGGACCAAUGGGCCGAAUGGGUUAUCCAGGACGUGACGGCUCUGACGGUCAACCAGGACGAGUUGGUGAACGUGGUGCGCAAGGGCUACGAGGUCCUCCUGGUGAACCAGGCCAAGACGGUAGACCAGGAAGGAAUGGACGAUAUGGACAUCCCAUACAAGGCGAUAAGGGGCCGCCUGGACCACCAGGUAUGCAAGGUAAGCCUGGCAAUCGUGGCCAGGACGGCCAACAAGGUCCUCCAGGUGAACCUGGACCACAGGGUCCUGAGGGUCCACCAGGAAUGCCUGGUGAGACUGGUGCUCCAGGAGAGGUGGGGUCUUUUAUGAUCUUAGUUCUAUUCAAUUGA